AUGGCGAUGGGAAAGAAGAGUUCAAAUGGUGCGUUCAGUCGAGCCAAGUUGUUAAACAUUGGAUUCAAUGAAUCACAUGCCAUUAGUAACUUUAGCUGCUACAUAUUUCAUGACGUUGAUAUGCUACCCAUGUCACCAGACAACUACUAUCACUGCGGGGACAGCCCUAUUCACAUGGCAGUUGGCGUUGAGAAAUAUGGUUUUAAGUUACCGCAUGACACAUACGCAGGCGGUGUACUAGCCAUGACAGGAGAGCAAUUCCUACGCAUUAAUGGCUUCUCCAAUCUGUACUUUGGCUGGGGAGGUGAAGACGAUGAUGUCGCAAUAAGGUGA